UCUGUGCCGAUGAACUGAUCAAGUGAUGUGAAGUUUGUGUUGCGUCACAGCGGGGAUGUGAGCGCGAGCGGCUCCACACACGUUGACGCGUGGCGCAGUGUGGAGUGGAUCCGUGAGGCUGAACUGAGGAUACUCCAUGCGUGACGCGUUUGCUUUACUUCUCAUUUGCCGCACAGUAAUCCAGCGGGGUAUCACCAGCGCGUUUCACCGUCUCUCAAGGAGUAUCUUGGAUUUCCGGAGGCAGAAAAAAAAGCAGAAACAAUUCCUCUGUGGCAGCUGCACCUGUGAAGAGCGCUCGAUCGUCUUUGGCAUUUUGGAAUGGAUAGAGAGAUGCUGCUGUUACACUGGCAGACGCGAAGAGGCUGAAAACUGUGUGAAGUCAAGAAAGGGCACAGAGGAUCAAGUCUGGACAAAGACGGCAUUCUGUUUAUCCUCAAUUGAAUGUGAGCUCUCGCUGACCUCCAAAUAUUUAAAAUGGGGUUGUCAUGGAAACUGCUGGUGCUGCAAUUAUUCAUAGGAUGCCUUUCAGAAGGCAGUGGUCCUCUGAGGCCAGUAUUCACCAAACAGCCAGGAAGUAUUGUAUUCCCUCUCCAUCUUAAUGAGCCCAGCAGGGAGGUCACCUUCAGCUGUGAAGCCCAGGGACAUCCACCCCCGUCCUACAGGUGGAAAAUGAAUGACAGCUUCAUUCCCCCUCAACCUGGCUCUCGAUACAGCAUCUCAGGAGGAACCCUUCGAAUCAGCCAGCUCAAUAAGGAAGAGGAUGCUGGUAUCUACCAGUGUCUGGCCUCCAACUCUUUCGGGACUAUUCUCAGCAGAGAAGCAAGUCUUCACAUUGCUUAUCUGGAGGAGUUUAGAACCCAGAGGAGAAGUCCAGUGAGUGUGAGAGAGGGGCAAGGUGUGGUUCUUCUCUGUGGCCCUCCAGCGCAUAUGGGAGAGUUGACCUUUUCCUGGAUCUUCAAUGAAUACCCCUCAUUCGUGAAGCAAGACACGCGGCGCUUCGUGUCACAGAAAACAGGCAACCUGUACAUCGCUAAAGUAGAGCCGUCAGACGUGGGAAACUACACCUGUGUCGUGACUAACACUGUGACCCAAAGCAGGGUUCAGGGACCUCCCACGCCACUUGUACUCCGCAGUGAUGGCAUUAUGGGAGAAUAUGAGCCAAAAAUUGAGAUCCAGUUUCCAGAAGUUUUGGCUGUUGCCAAAGGGUUGACAGUCAAACUGGAGUGCUUUGCUUUGGGAAAUCCAGUACCUGCUAUCACUUGGAGAAGACCAGAUGGAGUUCCUUUUCCCAGAAAAGUGGAUGUAAACAAAUCCAGUGGUGUGUUGGAGAUCCCUUAUUUCCAACAGGAAGACGCAGGGCCAUUCGAAUGCAUGGCUGAGAACUCCAGAGGCAAAAACACAGUGAAGGGGCGACUCUCCUUCUAUGCGCCCCCUCAUCUGGUGGAGAAGCCUCAGGACGUACAGAAAGCCAUUGAUGAAGCUCUACUGUGGGAGUGUAAGGCGAGCGCCAAACCCAAACCUUCCUACAGGUGGCUGAAGAACGGAGAGCCGCUUGAGUCCUUUGAGGACAGAAUCCAGGUGGUAAACGGGGCGUUAUCCUUCAGCAGUCUGACCCUGUCAGAUACUGGGAUGUACCAGUGUAUCGCUGAGAACCGGCAUGGUCGAGUGUUUGCCAACGCUGAACUCAGAGUCAUUGCAGUGGCACCUGAUUUCUCCAACAGUGUGCUAAAGGCACAGACACUGGCUCGGCAGGGUGGUGAUGUUUUGAUUGAGUGCAGGCCCCGCAUGUCCCCGCGCGGGAUGAUCUCCUGGAGGAAGGGCAAAGAAGCCCUGCGAGAGAGCCACAGAGUCUCCGUUCUGGAUAAUGGCAGUCUCCGGAUAUCCAAUGUCUCCAAACUAGACGCAGGUCUUUACACCUGUGUCGCCAGAAACCAGUUCGGAGUGGCCAGCAGUGCAGGCACACUAGUGGUGAAAGAGCCAACCAUCAUCACAUCUAAAGCCACCCAGCUGGAUGUUACAGUGGGAGAGAGCGUUGUGAUUCCAUGCCAGGUAUCUCGUGACCCUACCCUGGACGUGAGGUUCACCUGGUUUUUCAACGAGCAGCUGAUCAAUUUUGGAAGCCAUGGUGGAUAUUUUGAAAAAGUUGGUGGGACAUCUGCUGGUGACAUUAUGAUUCGUAACAUCCAGCUAAGGCAUGCGGGAAGAUACACAUGUGCCGUCCAGACUAAAGUGGACAGUGCGUCUAUAGCGACAGAUGUUGUGGUACGAGGUCCCCCUGACCCACCACUAGACAUCAAAGUUGAUGAAGUGACAGAGACAACGUCCUUUGUGUCCUGGAGUCCAGGCCCUGAUAACCACAGUCCUGUCUUUGCUUACAACAUUCAGAUCCGAAGCCCUUUCUCCCUCGGAUGGCAGGCAGCCAAAACAGUGCCAGCGUCUCUGGGAGGGCAGCAGUUGACAGCCCGUGUGGUUGAGUUGAGUCCAUGGGUUGAAUAUGAGUUCAGAGUGCUGGCCACUAACUCUGUAGGCACCGGGGAACCCAGCAAACCCUCACAAAAAAUCAGGACCAAGGACACAUUGCCAAGGACGACCCCAGCCAGAGUCAGUGGAGGAGGUGGCAGUCGCUCGGAGCUUGUCAUCACUUGGGAGCCAGUCCCAGAAGAGCUCCAGUGCGGUCCAGGGUUCGGCUAUGUGGUUGCUUUUCGCCCUCUUGGUGGUCAAAGCUGGAUGCAGGCGGCCGUGACGUCUCCUGAUGCAUCCCGAUACAUCUUCAAAAACGAGAGCAUCCCUCCAUUCUCUCCGUUUCAUGUGAAAGUGGGAGUUUACAACAACAAAGGGGAAGGUCCUUUUGGAUCUGCGACCACUAUAUACUCAGCAGAAGAGGAGCCCAGUCGUGCCCCGAGUCGCGUCCGUGCCAAGAGCCUGUCAGCCUCAGAAGUGGAGGUCAGCUGGAAGCUUUUACCAUGGAGCACCAGUAGGACACGCAUAAUGGGCUAUGAGCUGAAGUACUGGAGUACAAGGGACAGACCGGACACAGCCAGUGUGAUUAGGACUGUGGGAAACAGGACAUUUGCGGUCAUUCGUGGACUGGACCCCAGCAGUACAUACUACAUCAAACUCAAAGCCUACAACAGUGCCGGGGUUGGACCUGAUAGUGUUGUGGUGAAUGUCACCACUAAAAGGCCCCCACCGAGUCAGUCUCCAGUGAAAGUCAUAUGGAAUGCUACAGACUCUAAACUCAUCCUCAAGUGGGAUCACGUCAAGGCUCUGGAAAAUGAGUCCGAAGUUAUGGGCUAUAAGGUAAUGUACAAGCAAAGCAGACAGAGUCGGCCCAGUGUGGUGGAGACUAACAGCACAUCUCUUGAGCUCUCUCUGCCUGUUGAUGAAGAUUACAUCAUCCAGAUUAAACCAGUCAGUGAAGGUGGAGAGGGGAGCAGCAGCAAACAGAUCACCAUCCCCAGGAUAGCAGUUGCACAUGUGGUUGGAUUUGCCCCAGAGAGGAAAGCACUAUCAGUGCUCGUAACACUAUCACUCUACUGUACAGUCAGGACUUUCUUAUGACAGAUGAACUGAACUCUACAGCGGAGAGAACAGUACAAACAUCUACAAGUGGAACCACUUGUCUUUUUCCAGUGUGUUUUACAAAUGAGACUCUUCAGAAGGAAAGUUUUCCUCUCGCUUUUUAAAGGAGGAAGUUUGCUAAUCUGGUUUUGAUCACUGACACCAAAGCUGUCGAGACAGUGGAGUAGGAUCUAUCACAUUUUUUGGGGGAUAAACGUGUCGACAGAUGUUACCCACAUGGUUUCCAACCAGGAAUGGGAUAUUCAAGGGCAUAAAAUGACAUACUGUUCACAUACAAGGACAUCUGUUUGAAUUAGAUGAAUCCAUAUUCAUCCAUUAGACAGUUGGCAGUGGAGAAACACACAUAUGCCUUUUCCAUAGGAAGGUGGGAAUACUUCUUUGAAGAUAAUCUCUACUGCCAUACCAAACAGACACAUUGAUUAUAAGUCCAUCAACCCAUUUAAUCCGCUGUCCUCAAAUUAAACAGUUUACAGUCCCCCGGUGUUGACAUGCCCACCCAUCUGUUUGAAAGACAAAGCUAAUGCUGCUGGCCUUACUUAUACAGUGAAAGAGCUCGAGCUGGUUGUUCCUUCAGUCAUGCACUGAGAUCUUUGUUUUGCAAGUGUGUGUGACUCUUUAAUGAGAAACAGUAUGUUAAAUAUCCUCAGGACCAGAACAGCCUUAAACAGUUGUCUUGCUAUCUUUUCUGGCUUAGUAUGUUCAUUUACAAUUCCGUUAUUUGAUGAUGUACAAUAGAUAUUUUGAUUGUAAAAGACCAGCUUUUUGUUUUUUUCCGUUAAGGUGCUUUCUAUAGGUUAUAGCUGUGAUCAUUGAAGUACCUAGAACACAAUGCCUAUGUUCCAUUUUCAAGCUGUUUAGCAUGAACUGGCUCUGUAGUGGCUUGAAAUUCAGUAUUUGAAUGGACUGUCUGCUUUUAAUAAAUGA